GUGAGGCAGGCCUCCCUAGUGGGGUGAGCGCUGCUAGCAUGUCAUGGGAGAGACUAAGCAUGGCUUUGGGCGGUCCCUUACCUGCCCCUUAUAAUAAAACUCCGCCAGAUGAUGUCUCCUGAGCUGGCAGAGCACAUCCAAGCGGGCGGCAGCAUACCAGACAGCUAGCAGCACGCACAGCUGCCCCUCUGUUUACAUCCCCCCUGCCCUGCCCACACGUACACCACGAGCCAUGGCAAAGACUAGCAAUAAGAAAUCCAUAAUCCUGGGGGUCAUCGGCUUCCUACUUGUUGCUUUCGGGACUUUGCUGGUGUUUUUAGUGCCUGUGAUAAUGGACCAGCAAGUGGAAAAGAAUGUCCGUAUCGAUCCCUCUAGCGGGUUUGCUUUUGAGAUGUGGCGGGACCUCCCAGUUCCUUUCUACAUGUCUAUUUACAUCUUUGAAGUUGUAAACCACAAAGAAGUUGUUCUCGGGGAGAAACCAAGAGUCCGGGAACGAGGCCCAUAUGUGUACAGGGAGUACAAGCAAAAGACCAACCUCACUUUUCAUGAUAAUGGAACAGUCACAUUCAUAGAAAAUCGUACGUUUUUCUUUGCACCUGACAAAUCUGUAGGCUCAGAAGAUGACCAUAUGAUAGUCCCAAACAUUAUUCUUUUGGCUUCAUCAAUGAUGGUUAAAGAUUUGUCUCUUCCCAUUAAAUGGAUUAUCAGCGGUGCAUUUGCAACUUUUAAUGAGGAACCCUUCAUGAACCGUACAGUCAAAGAAAUAUUAUGGGGCUACGAAGAUCCAUUUUUGGAUUUUAUAAAUAUGAUUCUGCCUGGCAAACUUCCUUUCAAAGACAAAUUUGGCUUAUUUUCAGAUUUUAACAAUUCAAAUACUGGUGUAUUUACUGUGAACACAGGAAUAAAAGACAUUACCAAAGUACAAAUGAUUGAUACAUGGAAUGGGCUUACAGAGGUUGAUUUUUGGCAUUCUAAUCAAACUAAUAUGAUCAAUGGGACUGCUGGCCAGAUGUGGCCACCUUUCAGGAAGCCCUCCGAAUCACUUCAGUUUUAUAGCCCAGAUGCCUGCAGGUCUCUGACAUUUGUAUAUAAAGAGGAAUCUGAAUUCAGAGGGAUACCCACCUAUAGAUAUAGUGCCCCAGAUUAUCUCUUUGCAAAUGGAACAGACUAUCCUCCAAAUGCUGGAUUUUGUCCUUGUUUGGCUUCCGGAGUGCAGAACAUGAGCUCUUGCCGAUUCAAUGCGCCUAUGUUCCUGUCUUUCCCUCAUUUUUACAAUGCAGACCCUGGUUUUGUGGAGGCUGUGGAUGGGCUGCAUCCCAAUGGAGAGCUCCAUUCUCUCUUUCUAGACCUGCAUCCUCUUACAGGCAUACCCAUGAAUUGCUCAAUUAAGAUGCAGCUUAGUUUGUUUACAAAAGCAAUAUCAGGAAUAUCGCAAACUGGUAGCAUAGCACCUGUGAUUCUUCCAGUACUUUGGUUUGGAGAGAGUGGAUUCCUUGACGGUCCUGUUUAUACCACCUACUACAAUACUUUGGUCCUGUUUCCUACAAUACUUGACUAUCUGCAAUACAUCCUCAUUGCACUUGGGCUUGGUUUUAUUCUAAUUGCAUUGCUCCUGCCCUUCGUAAAACGGAAUCAGGAGGAAAACCCCCACGUUCCAAACGAUAUUCAUAAUUCGGAAGAGUGUCCUGAAGAUUCCAAACUUCUGGAGGAUCCUGAAUAUGGAUCACCUGGAACGUGAUAAAGUUAUAAUAUUCACUAAUAAACAGACCAAAGUGGGGGUGAUGUUAGAGGUGGAAUUAAUCACUACAAGCCUAUAUGGUGGGUUCCAGAUCUAUGCAACUAAUUUGCUGGAAUGCAAGAACUGUCAUUUAACUGUCCGGAGUAGGAAAACUGUUUGUUUGAUCAGCGCUUCACCAUGUGCCUUAAGAUGCGAAGAUCUGGAAAAAUUUAGAUGAUGGAUGAAAAGAUAACGGAAUAUCUGUACCUAGAACUUAAUCGCAUAACAUCAACGCUAUUGCCAAGUGAACUUCACUAUACUUGCAAAAAGGGGGAAGGUUUAGCUGGCAGCAUCACUGCUAAAGAAGUCAUGGCAGAGAUGUCCCUGAGAUGUUUUUAUGGUCUUUAGCUGCUGUGUACGGGUUUGCACUGCCACCCAGUCCCUGUGCUGCUCUCCAUUCUCUAUGAAAACCUAUAUCAUUGAGUUUUUUAGCAUCUGAUUAAUGCAAUCCACAUAGAAUUGAAUUUCAAUAUCUGGUUAAUAUGAUUAAACACGCUAAGGAAGUUCCUCUUGAAAGUAUAACUGUUGCGAAUAUAGUUAACAGUGCAGCAUCUGCACUUGUUUUGCGGGGUUUACACAGCACAUGCUGGUAAUUUUUAUAUGAUGUCAUACGGGCUAUGGUUCCAAGAGCUAUAUGUAUAAGAAUACAGGUCUCCAUGUGUUUAGUAUCAUUAACAAAAA